CACAAUUUCCUGGUUCAAAAUCCUCUAAGAUAAGGCUACAUGCGAUAAAAAGUUAUAAAGGAAUGAUAUUAUAAUUGACAGAUCAUAUAGGUGUUAAAUAAUAACUAAAAUGUCUUCUGCCUUAUUAAAAGUUCGAAAUAUAUCUAAAUGCAACUGGGGUGCAAUAUCUCUAUCGACGUCUGCAGUGAAGCAAGUAGAAGCCAACUUGAAAAAUGAUAUCGCUCUUUUAAAUCCAGAAGAAAUCGAACAUAAGAAAAAAUUACAAGGCACUAUUACUGUAGAGGGAACUACUAAUAUUUCUGUGAUAACAGGUGUUCCCGAAGAACAUGUCAAAACUCGAAGAGUUAGAAUCUUUGAACCAGCUAAAAACUGUAUGCAAAGUGGUACAAACAAUAUUGGCCACUGGCAAAUAGAUUUUGAUAAUAGAGAAAGAUGGGAAAAUCCUUUAAUGGGAUGGGCAUCAACUGGAGAUCCUCUAUCUAAUAUGGAAGUUGAUUUUUCUUCUAAAGAGGAAGCAAUAGAAUAUUGUGAAAAAAAUGGUUGGCAAUGGUUUAUUCAAAAAAGUAGUUUAGAGAAAAAAUUCAAACCUAAAAGUUAUGGAAUUAACUUUGCUUGGAAUAAGCGUACCAGAGUAUCAACUAAGUGAAUUCUGUAAUUAAAACUGUUGUAUCAUCCAGAAUGUAUCAAUAAAAUAGUUAUUUAUUAUUA